GAGUGACAGUGGGUGACCACGUACGUCCCUCACGCCCCAAAGGAAAUUUCUCUAAACAGAACAAAGAGUCACUUGGGUGGGAGUGAUUUUAAUAAAAGCAGAUUCUGAGAGUAUAAUUGCAAUUUUAUGUUGUCCUAGAAUAGAUCCUUGUUUCCCAGCUGUCCACAGUUUCCCUCUGAUUUGUCUGGAGAAGGUCUCUGCAGCAGUCCCCAAAUCCUAUCCCCCAUGAACCCCGCCAACUGCCUCUGUAUAACAAAAUGGGAAGGAAUUCACAUUGUCAGAGUUAAUCCCUGGUGUUCCUAUUUACUUUCCUAAGUACCAAGUUCCCACCCCCAUCCGCAUCAUAUGACAGACAGCUUUGCUAAAGCUAUUUCAUUUGCCACCAGCCCUGACAGCCCCCAGCAGUGUUUGCUCUCCUCUUUCGGUCUUCCUUUUUUCUUAAACUCACAUUAUUCUUGCCUUUGCAAGUAUCUGCGAUUUGAGGUCUGGGGGAGACACUUGAAUGAAAGAGCCGGUUUUUAUUUUUUCAAGUUUAUAGGUUCUCGUGAGUCUACUCUUUCCUUAAAGAUAAUUGUUGUUGUUGUUGUUUUAAGUAUUGAAUAAGGGGUUACUCUCCUAAUUUGACUCAGAUGUAGUGAAAUGUUUGGUUUUGUUAUUAUUGAUCAAUUACCGUUCACCACAGAUCACAGUUUACCAAAUCAGAAAAAUCCAAAUAGCUGAAUCCAAAAUACUCGGGUGGAAAUAAUGCAGGCAAGACCAGAUAAGACGGGGACAUCCGUUAACUGGGAGGAGAAGAUUUGGAUCACGUUUAUCUCAGUUUUUCUCUGAUUUCCAGAGCAAAUGAAGACCUCGUCUAACCCAUGCCUCCUCUCAAAAAUUGUAAAGCUUUUGGGGCUACGGUACCUAUGUCUUGUUAUCAAGGUCCAUAAUUAUAAAAAGGCUGGUGAUCUGAAGCCUGUUUCAGCUUCAAAAGAUUUUUUAGGGUCUGGUCUAUUGAAAAGCUUGGGGGUAUAAUUAACUAAAAUGGAAAUGGAGGCAAGCGAAAUUUAGUUCCUGAUGUUUUAAUUUAGCUCAGUACUGCCAUGUGUUAUUGAAGAGAAUUCUUAAAGGCAAACAUAAUUAUUUCAUUAUGGUCCUCAGAAUGCUUUCAUUGGCUUUAAUGACAAGAAGCUGUAUAAAAAGGCAUACAUUUUAAUUAGUCCUUCUUAUAUUUACAUCAGAUAAAUAACAAAUAAUUGAUGAAAAACAAGUCUUUGGAAUGGAUGAUUUCACAUAGUGCGCUGGUUACAGUUUAAUGACGAAACGUUUCUCUGUUGCUUUGCAUUUUAAUUAUCCAGACAUUAACAGCACUGGUGCCAUGGUGCUAAAAUAGCGUUGCUGCCAUUUUAUUACGAAAAAAUCACAAUUAAUGCCUAUGAAUCAGAAGCCGAAAAAGGUAGCUAGAAGCGCAUCUCAGAGGAAGCAAAUUGCCAGUCCCAUUAAUUUCACUAUGCUUGUUAGCACUCCUUUUGGUCACUUUUAUCUUUUAUACUUCAUCUCUUUGGAUGAGGACUGUCAGGGGUUUCACGUGGGCUUUUAUAGCCACCUCUCCUCCUAAAUACCUUUCUUUCUCUCCUGCUGCCUGUUUGGAACACUUGCCCAAAAGUACCUUGCCGAAUGUGUACCGGAAAUUCAGAGAGCCUUUUUCCAGGGUGCAGUCUGCCUUACCUUUGAUUUUAUAUGAAAACCCAUUUCACAUGAUUCAUCCGUUUUGGUGUACAGAACACUAAUUGUUAUUAUUGAUUUUAAAUUCCGUGACCAUUACAAGUAACCCAGAUGACUGGCAGAUAAAGGGUAAUAAUCCAUGGAGUUCUGGAACUGUUUCGUGUUUGUCUGGAGUACUUUAUGUGAUCAAUAUUAACUGCCCCAUUGAAACUAACUGCUGUAUCAAAUAACAGUCAAUCAAAUGAAUGUGCUUAGAGAUUAUUUAUUGAAAGCUUUAAUUGUUCACUGGGGCCCUGCUUAUCAGAGGGAACAAUAGGAAUUAGAGAUAGGAUGAGCAGGUUUGGAUUUGCAGAGAAAGUUGGAGGAUGCAGAUGAACAGGGCAUCUCUCGGCUACUUGGGCAAGCGUUUCCAGAAACCCAUGCUGGGCUUCUAGUGGCUGCAAGUUGCACGUACUCUUGCAAAGGUUUUCCUAUCACCUGUCCAUCCAGAGCUCUGUACCUAUACCACAAGAAGGUAUAAUGAUUUUCUGGCUCUCAGACCAGAGGCUGUGAAGAGUUGUCACUCUCUGAAAGUUUUACUGCUUCUGCUCUGCGUGCCCACUCACAUCUCGUACCCUCCCACGUACCUCUCCACCUGUAUUCCCUGCCACUGCCCGAUGGUCUGAGAUAAUGAAAGUAGCCCGCCUUGACCCAGGACCGAUUUCCACAGCUAUGAGAUGGGAAUAAUGAUGUCUACGGUGCAGGAUUUGUAGAAAGAUCAGAGCUCAUGUAAAUGAGGAGUCUAUUCUCGCCCAGAAAACAAAACAGAAGCCACGGAGUAGACUUGUGCUCUGACUCCAGCGUGACACCUGUGGCUCACGUGUCUCUGCUCAUAGCGAACCUGCUUUUUUAGUUGGUACGUCUUUUCCUCGACGAAAAGGUUCCUCUGUCUGUGGCUCAUAACCUGGGUCACAGUCCGUCCCGUUUCUGUCACCAUUUGGGUAACACGGGCCCUGAUUUGGUGGCAUCCAUUUACCAAGCCCCCAGAUUUACUACAGAGGACCGACUUUUACAGGGGAGCCUUGUCACCUAUGAAACUGUCACAGUGCGACUUCACCCAGAGAUGCUGUCAGGGGUACAGUCCGUUUUCAUUGCUCACCGGUGGAUUCGAUCUUGUGGGGUCACUCACCAAACAGCUCUUGGGUGUCUGCCAUGUCCCCCUGAUAUGUUCUCUUCUCUGGAUGACACCAACAUGAUUCCUACCCUGUCCCUGCUCUCUCUGGACUCCUAAUGUCUGGAGAAAUUGCAUACACAAGUCCCUGUGACACAACCCUCUUAUAUAACACCAACACAAGUAUCUCCUUGGGACUUUGAACGUGAGUCUGAUCACGGAAAGAACUGAAACACCCCCGAGAACCACAGCUGCUGCAGGUGAGGGAUCGGGCGGGUGGAACAUCUUUGCCACAGGAGCAGGCAAGAGGUUCUCCCGAGUGGAGGCCUCACGGGUAAUUUCCAAACGUGGUGUAGGGAGCGCUGGAAUGAGCGCGUGCCUUCCAAAGUUGCUUCUGGAAGACCCUUAUGUGGAUAUUUCUGGAGUUAAUAUGUUAAAUGAUGUUCUUUUGGGGUGGGUCUGAUUAGACUGGCUUUUAAGAAAACGAUCGCUUAUCUCUCGAUCAUUGUUCCCGUGACUUCCUGCUCCGUGCCAAGCCGCCCCCGAAACUUAGUGGCCUAACAAUUUAUUAUCUCAUUAGUCUGUAGAUGGACCGGGCUCAGCUGGGCAGGUCUUCUGCUCCACACGCUGUCAGCUGAGGCCUGCGUCUCUCCAAGUCCCGGCAGGCUCACUCCCCUGGCUGGCGGUCCGCGUCGCUCUCGUUGGCAGGGAGCUCAGCUGGGCCUGUCGACUCGAGCGGCUGCACGUGGCCCGUGCUUGUCCCAGCAGGGCAGCAAUGAUCGGAGAGGGAGGGAGGAAGCGGAAGCCCCCAGCCCUCUGAAGGGCCAGAUCCAGGGCUGGCACGGAGCCACUCGCGCCUCUGCGGGCGAAGCAGGCACCGGGGCCAGCCCGCAUCCCCAAACUCUGCCUCUCGACGGGGCAGUGACAGAGGAAGUGCGGCCAUCCUCCGUUCCCCGUAGCGAUCGUCCCACGCGUGCCUUCUGAUAAGAAAGAAACGAUUGUCUUCUGACGAUAGAGACUGCACUGAAGCACCACGGAGGGGUUUUCGUUCGUCGGUUUUUGGCUGGUUACACGGUUUCCAUGGUUCUCCUCUGCCGCCUGUCGAUGCCUUCUCGCCAGUCGGCCCUCACCGCUGAUCCGGCGUGGAAGGUCCGAUGCUCCUCGUUUUACAGGAGAGGCAGUUGUGUCUCGGAGAAGCGAUUGAAACGCAAAGCACGAGCUCCGAGGAACUGGUCCCCAGCCCUCCGUCUCCGCUUCCUCCCCCUCGUGUGUACAAACCCUGCUUCGUCUGCCAGGACAAAUCAUCCGGGUACCACUAUGGGGUCAGCGCCUGCGAGGGCUGCAAGGGGUUUUUCCGCAGAAGUAUUCAGAAGAACAUGAUUUACACUUGUCACCGAGAUAAGAACUGUGUUAUUAAUAAAGUCACCAGGAAUCGAUGCCAGUACUGCCGACUCCAGAAGUGCUUUGAAGUGGGAAUGUCCAAAGAAUCUGUCAGGAAUGAUAGGAACAAGAAAAAGAAGGAGCCUUCGAAGCAGGAAUGCACGGAAAGCUAUGAGAUGACGGCUGAGCUGGACGAUCUCACAGAGAAGAUCCGAAAAGCUCACCAGGAAACCUUCCCGUCACUCUGCCAGCUGGGUAAAUACACCACGAACUCCAGUGCUGACCAUCGAGUCCGACUGGACCUGGGUCUCUGGGACAAAUUCAGUGAAUUGGCCACCAAGUGCAUUAUUAAGAUUGUGGAGUUUGCUAAACGUCUGCCCGGCUUCACCGGCUUGACCAUUGCAGACCAAAUCACCCUGCUGAAGGCCGCCUGCCUGGACAUCCUGAUUCUUAGAAUUUGUACCAGGUAUACCCCAGAACAAGACACCAUGACUUUUUCAGAUGGCCUUACCCUAAAUCGAACUCAGAUGCACAAUGCUGGAUUUGGUCCUCUGACUGACCUUGUGUUCACCUUUGCCAACCAGCUCCUGCCUUUGGAAAUGGAUGACACAGAAACGGGCCUUCUUAGUGCCAUCUGCUUAAUCUGUGGAGACCGCCAGGACCUUGAGGAACCAACAAAAGUAGAUAAGCUACAAGAACCACUGCUGGAAGCACUAAAAAUUUAUAUCCGAAAGAGACGACCCAGCAAGCCUCACAUGUUUCCAAAGAUCUUAAUGAAAAUCACAGAUCUCCGCAGCAUCAGUGCGAAAGGUGCAGAACGUGUAAUUACCUUGAAAAUGGAAAUUCCUGGAUCAAUGCCACCUCUCAUUCAGGAAAUGCUGGAGAAUUCUGAAGGACAUGAACCCUUGACCCCCAGUUCGAGCGGGAACCCAGCGGAGCACAGUCCCAGCAUCUCACCCAGCUCGGUGGAAAACAGCGGGGUCAGUCAGUCCCCACUGGUGCAAUAAGACACUUUCCAGCCACUUCAAACAUUCCCCAGUACCUUCAGUUCCAGGAUUUAAACCGCAAGAAAGAAACAUUUUUACUGCUGCUUAGUUUUCGGACUGAAAAUAUAUUAAAACUCAAGAAGGACCAAGAAGUUUUCAUAUGUAUCAAUAUUUACUCCUCACUGUCUAACUUACCUAGAAAUACAAACUUUUUAAAUUCUAAAACUCAGCCAUUUCGUGCAACCAGAAACUAGUUAAAAGCUUCUAUUUUCCUCUUUGAACACUCAAGAUUGCAUGGCAAAGACCCAGUCGAAAUGAUUUACCCCGGUUAAGUUUCUGAAGACUUUGUACAUACAGAAGUAUGGCUCUGUUCUUUCUAUACUGUAUGUUUGGUGCUUUCCUUUUGCCUUGCAUACUCAACCAAAACACCGAGGUUGCGGAACAGAACUACUGCACGCGUCCAGCUAAGAGAGGCUCAAAAAAAUAACUUGCUUUCACAGAGUAAUCAGGACACCAAGGUAAGGAAAGGGGACUGUUGUACAGUAUGACAAAGCUAGAGAGAAGUCUGAUUUAGUUAGUACAGAAGCUUGUCCUUGCUCUUUCUGACGCUCUCAAACUGCGUCUUCUAUUUCAUGUUGCCCAGUAAAAAGAUACAAAUUCACUGCACUAGCAGAAGAGAAUUCUGUAUCGGUGUAACUGCCAGUUCAGUUAAUCAGACGUCAUUUGUUCAACUGUUAAUGUCACUUUAAGAGUGGUUUAUCUUACUGACAUAACUACACAAUUUUUUUUUUUAAAGAUACGUUUUUACAGUAAUGGUAGCCUCCAAGGCAGAAACGCUUUUCAGUGUUAAUAAGUUUUUGUUUACCUGUUCACAAGCCAUUAGGGAAAUUUCAUGGGAUAAUUACAGACUGGUCUACCACCUACACCGUGUAACUCCAGUGUCCUUCCUCAUUCAUGCCUGGUAUUGAGGGUUUUUUUUUUUCUUUUUCCCCUAGCCUCCUUGAUGCCCGGGGGCUAGUAUGAACCCCUAAAGGCAUGGACAGAGAAUCUGCAUCCUUUGACCUUGUUCAAUCACUAUGAAGCAGAGUGAAAGCUGUGGUAGAGUGGUUAACAGAUACAAGUGUCAGUUUCUUAGUUCUCAUUUAAGCACUAGUGGAUUUUUUUUUUUUUUUGAUAUAUUAGCAAGUCUGUGAUGUACUUUCACUGGCUCUGUUUGUACAUUGAGAUUGUUUAACAAUGCUUUCUAUGUUCAUAUACUGUUUACCUUUUUCCAUGGAGUCUCCUGGCAAAGAAUAAAAUAUAUUUAUUUUAAGAGUG